UCUGUCCUGACAGUAUGGCAGCGUACAGUAAGACAUGACUCUCCUUUAAGUUCACGUUUGUUUUUUAUUCGCUGGAUCUGGUGUUAAAGCUGAUGUGAUGAAGACGUUACAGUUAGUGCUGGAUUCCUCUUGAAAUCUUUGUUCAUCCGCAGCGCUUUCUUUUACUUCACUAACACAUUUCCCCAACUGAGCUCGAGCGGGGCCACGAUGAGAGCCGCUAGGGCAGUGGUGAAGGUGGUGCGUUUAGGGAGGACUUCCUACAGCAGCGCCUUGAAGGUCCAGCAGCAGCACGUGAAGCAGCACCUGGACUCGUCCGGCGCCAGCCCAAACACUUUACUGCUGUGUGAACACGAGCCCGUGUACACCGUGGGCAUCAGACGGGCCCCGUAUCCUCCCGAGGAGGAGCGGAGGCUCCGGGCGCUGGGAGCAGACUUCUUCCCAACCAACCGAGGAGGUCUGAUAACGUUUCACGGUCCAGGUCAGCUGGUGUGUUAUCCCGUCCUCAACCUGGCCUGCUUUAAGAAGAGUGUGAGAUGGUACGUGUGUGAACUGGAGAGGACGGUGAUCAACAUGUGCAGUAAAUUUGGGAUCGAAGCCUCCACUUCUCCGGACACGGGUGUCUGGGUGGGCGACAACAAAAUUUGUGCAAUUGGUAUUCAUUGCGGAAGAUACAUCACCUCCCAUGGACUGGCCCUUAACUGCAACACAGACAUGAGUUGGUUCGAGAACAUUGUGCCAUGCGGGAUUGUGGGUAAAGGUGUGACAUCACUGAGCCGAGAGCUGGGACGGGACGUCCAGACCGAGGAAGCCUUACCAAAACUGCUGGAAGCCUUUUCUGAACAAUUUAACUGCACUUUAACAUACAAUUAAUAAAUGUAUAAAUGCAUUCAAGCGUUUGAA